CUUGCAUCUUACCCUGAUAUUGGUCCUGUUCCAUCAUCACCACAUCUCUCCGCUCCUCACCAUCCAUCUCCUCGAUCGGGUGGAUUUCGUUAGCAUUUCUCUUGAAUUUCUUCGGAGAUCAUUUUCCUCACUUCAGAGACCGUGUUCCCUUCUCUCUCCAUUUUCUCUCUCUACUUCCAUUUUCCUCCCAAAAAUUACUUCUACCAAAAAAAAAAAGUGUUCACUGUUCUAUACUGGUACUCGCUUGUGUCUAUCUGUCAUAGUUCGAAUACAGUCCAUAAUCAUAGAUCGAAUAGAGGGGUUAGAUUUGCAAUUAGGCCACCAAAUAUGAAAUUGUUCACUCAAAAUUCUUUAGCUUUCUGCCAUUCUCAAUUUCUUUGAAUAGACACCGAAUUCCAUAGCGCUUGUAUUCAGAACUCAAUUCUUUUGAUCUUCUCUUCGAACUAACUUCUCAAUGAGUGAAAAGAAGAGGUAUAGGAUAUUGAUGGUGUCAGAUUUUUUUUACCCAAAUUUUGGGGGAGUAGAAAGUCACAUUUAUUAUCUAUCCCAGUGUUUGCUAAAACUCGGUCACAAGGUUGUAGUUUUGACUCAUUCAUAUGGGAAUCGCUCUGGUGUGCGAUAUAUGACAAAUGGCCUGAAAGUUUAUUAUGUGCCAUGGAAGCCUCUAUUCAUGCAGAGUGUAUUACCCACAUUCUCUGGGACACUUCCGAUUAUGAGAACUAUUCUUGUCCGGGAGAAGAUUUCGUUGGUCCAUGGACAUCAAGCCUUCUCAACUCUCUGCCAUGAAGCUUUGAUGCAUGCACGUACAAUGGGAUACAAAGUUGUUUUCACUGAUCACUCCUUGUAUGGCUUUGCUGAUGUGGGUAGUAUACACAUGAACAAAGUUCUACAGUUUACCUUAGCAGAUGCAACUAAAGCAAUCUGUGUCUCCCAUACAAGCAAGGAAAAUACAGUGUUGAGGUCAGGUAUUCCUGCUGAAAAGGUAUAUGUUAUACCAAAUGCUGUUGACACAGCUAUGUUCAAGCCUGCACCCGAAAGACUUUCAAGUGACCAAAUUGUCAUUGUUGUGAUAAGUAGAUUGGUAUACCGGAAAGGUGCAGAUUUGCUUGUUGAAGUCAUUCCUGAAGUUUGUCGUCUUCAUCCAAAUGUUCGUUUCAUUAUUGGAGGUGAUGGUCCAAAAAGAGUACGGCUAGAAGAGAUGAGAGAAAAACAUUCUCUUCAAGAUAGGGUUGAAAUGUUGGGUGCUGUUCCACAUGCUCAGGUUCGAUCUGUGUUAAUAUCUGGACAUAUUUUUUUGAACAGUUCUUUAACGGAAGCAUUUUGCAUAGCUAUAUUGGAAGCCGCUAGUUGUGGAUUAUUAACAGUCAGCACACGUGUAGGAGGUGUCCCUGAGGUUUUGCCAGAUGACAUGAUCGUACUUGCAGAACCGGACCCUGGAGUUAUGGUGCAAGCUGUUGGAAAGGCUAUAACCAUGCUCCCUAACAUUGAUCCACAAGUUAUGCACCUUCGAAUGAAAAAGCUAUACAGUUGGCAUGAUGUUGCUAAGAGAACAGAGAGAGUCUAUGAGCGGGCUCUGACGUGUGCUGAUCAGAGUCUUCUAGAACGGCUUUCAAGGUACCUUGCUUGUGGCGCAUGGGCAGGCAAGCUUUUCUGCUUGGUUAUGAUAAUCAAUUAUCUUUUCUGGUGUCUGUUGAAACUAUGGCAGCCUGAUGAGGAGAUUGAGGAGGCUCCUGAUGUUCAGUUAUCUCAUCAGCGAGGAGAGAUAUCAGAGUUUGCUACUGAGAACGGAAACAUGAAAUGACAUGAAUGUGUACCCCAGUUCAUCUUUAGUUAUGCAGUUUUUGCAGAAGUUAGGUAUGGCUGGCAGAUCAUAUCUGGAUUAUCUUGUUUUCACAACACUGACAUGCAGUUGUGUAACUGGAAGCUUUCGCAUGUCAAUCUAAAUUCUAAAGCAUUUUACUGAAACAGCUCGAUGAAAGGUCCAUCUAUUAAAUUUCCUUGGACAAAGGCAGGCAGAGUUACUCCUUAGACCUAACUUUUCAUUUCUUUUGUAGUUGUUAACAUUUUUGUCUCCCAUACUGUAUAUGUCAUAGGAGGUACUCCGUAUAUCCUUCAGGCUCUAUGUAACUAUUGAUUAUACUUCAACCGUAGUACCAUUGACUGUAAAUUUACAUCUGCUUUGUAAUGGACGAAAGAAAAAUCUUCCAAGUCAUGAUAAUUGUUAAUGAUCAAUGGAUUAUUCUGGUGUUAA